ACCUCUAUACACAUCUCUCGGUACAUAGUGGGUGGUGGCGACAGUGGCAACAGCGGCCAGGCACAAGCACAGUGCCGAGACACCGUAUAGUGUAGCGGCUUUUGUUUUUCAUUGCCAUUGUCGUUGUGCCGCUCUGCGCGUGCAUCGUCGUCGUCGCGUUAUCCUUUACUUGUCCAUCGAUAAAUAUAGCGUUAAUAAUAGUAAAUAGGUGUGAUUCGGCUGUGUUCAAGGGGCAUUCAGAGAACCGACUGUUUAUUCUUGUCGAUUAUAUCAUAAACCAAUACUUGCGUCAAUCUCGAGGUCGCGAUCGCGCAACGAUGCACUGAGAGAGUCUCGAUCGCCAUUUAAUGAUUAACUAGGACAAAGACAUUACAGUCAGUUGGGAAGUAACAGGCAUUUAAAGACAAUAACCAUGGCGUGGCGAUUCAAAGCAUCCAAAUACAAAAAUGCAACACCCAUUGUACCCAAGCCUGAAGCAUGCAUCCGUGACAUCUCUGUUGGAUCUUAUCAGACUUAUGGAAACAAUAUAGCAGCAUCUGCUGCAUUUAUGGCAUUCAAUGUUGAUCAUAAUGGCUCCAGUUUGGCUGUUUUGCCAUUGGAGGACUGUGGCAGAAAAAGUAAAACUAUGCCUCUGCUACAUGCUCAUGCUGAUACUGUAACUGAUAUGGAUUUUUCACCUUUCCAUGAUGGGCUUCUUGCAACUGGGUCUCAAGAUUGUUUGGUAAAAUUAUGGCAUAUCCCAGAAGCUGGUUUAGAAGAAUCUUUAUGUAAUCCAGAAUGUACAUUUUCUCACCGCCAAAGAAGAGUUGAAGUUGUUCGCUGGCAUCCCAGUGCUGAGCAUUUGUUAACAACUGUUUCAUACACUAAUUUAUCACUUUGGGAUGUACUAUCACAAAAGGAAAUAUUUUCUAACAAUGAACAUAAAGAAGUUAUUCAAUCCGUCAGCUGGAAACAAGACGGUACUCUACUAGCUUCUACAUGUAAAGACAAGCAAGUCAGAAUUAUAGAUCCCCGUACUACCAAAAACAUUGUAAGCUCAGCUUCUAGUCACCAAAGUAUAAAAGAUUCCAGAAUUGUGUGGCUGGGCAAUAGUGAUAGAAUUCUUACAACUGGUUUUGAUGCUGCCAGACUGCGUCAAGUUUACAUUCGUGAUUUAAGAAAUUUGAGUGAUCCAAUAAAAACAUUGGAACUUGACUGUAGUACAGGAAUUUUGAUGCCAUUAUUUGAUGCUGAUACAAACAUGCUUUUCCUGGCUGGAAAAGGUGAUACUACAAUAAUGUAUUUGGAAGUAACAGAUAAAGAUCCUCAUUUAGUGGAAGGUAUUAGACACAGUGGUGAACAAACCAAAGGUGUAUGUCUAGUACCGAAACGUGCUCUUAAUGUUAUGCAAGCUGAAGUUAACAGAGUACUUCAACUGACUUCUUCAAUGGUCAUCCCAAUCAUGUAUCAAGUCCCAAGAAAGACUUAUAGAGAUUUCCAUGCUGAUAUAUACCCAGAAACAGCUGGCUGCAUUGCAAACAAUACAGCUAUUUCUUGGAUACAAGGACAUAACUUACCGGUACCAAAAAUAUCAUUAGAUCCAGCUAAACGAGCAAAGGGUGAAGAGCCAAUAAUGGUACACAAGGGAAAUCUUGCAACACUGAAGAGAAACCAACCUGAACUAAAUCUCGAAAUUCGUCAGCAAAAAGCGAUUGCAAUGUCAACUCCAAAAGGCUACACAAAAGCCGCAGCUUACAUAAUCCAAGACAAAGAGGAACUUAAAAAUGAAUUUAACGACGAUAGCGACGAUUAUCGUAAAGCUGAACUAGACAAGCUCGAAGAUGAAAAAUCAAAAAUUCAAAAUGGGGCCUCCCACGUUCAACCUCCAAAACCACUGCCAAGAUCUUCCAGGGCUAACAGUCUUUCGGACGAAAGUUCAAAGGAAGACGUGAAGCCCGUUGCUAAACCGAGAACUACCCAAAGUCCGGGUGCCGUUGUAACUUCGGUCAAUCCAAAUUGCAUCAGUGGAUAUAAGCCACGACUCGGUCCAAAGCCAUUUCAAGCUAAGUCCGCCAGUCAGGAGUUUUCUUUCGAUCGAGUUUUCUCCGUACCGCAAGCUCCCAAUCUAAGCGAAUCUAAUGGAACUACUAAUGGCGCAAGCAAUGGUCACUCGGAUGCAAACAACGAAAACGGAGCGGACAAAUCUCCAACGUACGAGAACGAUCGUCAAGAAGCGACGAGCAAAAGUGAUUCUAGUUCUAUCGAGGAAGAUGCCAAUUCUAGUGAUUCCGGUUAUAAACCUAAAACUCCUAGCACUGCCGAGAGACGGAAAUUAUUUGAAGUCAAGCCACCAUCCAAAGAUGAAUCCCCGGAAAAUGAGGAUCCUGGAAAUUUCGAACGCGGUGGUUCAAAUCGCAAUUCGAUUGCCGAACGUCGUCGUCUUUACGAAAAUCGCUCGGCAUCGGCCACGGAUGGAAAUCUAGCUGAAAAAGCUGCUGGUUCUCCAACGUCCAUCCGAAGGCGCGACAGUUUCAAGAGUAAAAAUGAUCUUACUAAAGACGAGGAACCACAGCCUCUUAAGAAAUCUCAACCACCUUCGAUGUUGCGACAACAAAGUAUGGAUCCAAGAUUAGAGAGUUCCAGUACCCCAACACCUAAACGUACUUCAACUGUAUUUGGGAGAGUAUCGAAAUUCAGGCAUUUGAAAGGUACCCCAGGACACAAGUCCACUCACAUUGAAAAUAUACGCAAUAUCAGCCGACAAAUAUCAGGAGAAUGUGACGGUUUUCACGCCAAUUCCGAUCGUGUUGCGGUACCCUUAAGUGGUCCUGGAGGGAAGAUCGCUGUACUGGAACUUAAAAAGACUGGAAGGUUACCGGAUGGCGUUAUGCCAGCUUUGGUACAUGGUGCAACUGUUAUGGACUUUCAGUGGGAUCCGUUUGAUAAUCAGCGUCUUGCAGUUGCUUGUGAUGACGGUAUGAUUCGCGUGUGGAAGAUUCCAUCUCAAGGUCUUACUCAGCCAACCAAUGAACCCCAACACAUCAUCGAAGCCCAUACCGAUAAAAUUUAUCUUAUUAAGUUUCAUCCUUUAGCUUCGGAUGUUUUAGCAUCAGCAUCAUAUGAUAUGACCGUGAAAAUCUGGGAUUUAGAACCAUUGAAUCUAGGUGCCACCAUAAAAAAUCGCAUCACGCUCACUGGGCAUACAGAUCAAAUAUUUAGCUUGGCUUGGUCUCCUUGCGGGCAAUAUUUGGCUACUGCAUGUAAAGAUGGAAAACUGAGAAUCUAUCAACCAAGAAAUAGUGAUAUCCCAAUUAGAGAGGGAAAAGGACCGGUUGGCACGAGAGGUGCUAGAGUCGUAUGGGCUUUGGAUGGGCGAUUUUUAGUAGUUAUGGGAUUUGACAAAGUAUCGGAAAGACAAAUCCUAGUAUUCAAAGCCGAAAACCUCAAUGCGCCUUUGAAUACCGUUGGUUUGGAUGUUUCGCCCGCGAUUUUAAUGCCGUAUUACGAUGAUGAUAGCUCAACUUUAUUCCUCACUGGACGAGGCGAUUCAACGAUUUAUGCGUUCGAAGUAACUGAAGAGACUCCAUACAUAUGCCCACUUAGUCAUCAUCGCUGUGCUUCUUUACAUCAAGGUUUAUCAUUUCUACCAAAAAACAAAUGUGAUGUUGCCAGUGUAGAAUUUGCUUCAGCUCUAAGACUGACAAACAAUACAAUCGAGCCUUUGAGUUUCACCGUUCCACGAAUCAAAAGUGAACUCUUCCAAGACGAUUUGUUCCCACCAACAAAGGUAACAUGGAAAGCUACCAUUAAUUCUCGCGAAUGGUUCAAUGGAUCCAAAAAGCAAGCAGCAAGAAUCAGUUUAAAACCACCAGGAAUGGAUAAUUUGAGUGAAAGUCAAGGACAGGCAGUAGUUACCGCACCAGUAUCAGCAAAGCAAAAUUCAGAAAAAUUAUCUGUAUCUCAGCCUUAUAGUAGACUAACUGGAUAUCAUCCAGAUGUUCGAUCGAAGCAGAAUGAUAUACAAAAAACUUUAAGCUCUCUUGUGGGGGACGUUGUAACAUGUCCGUUGGAACAAGAUUUGAUGGAAGGCGUGGACGAACAUGAAUGGGAUGAGUAAUUUUAGCACUGGAUUGCUGGUUUAUUUUAUAGACAAUUAUUUAUGAUGAAAUUUUUGUAGCCAAUCUGACGGGGUACUUGUGCAAAGGAAUUGGAAUUGUUUCAGAGUUACGCGAAUAUUUGCUCAUUAUAUCAUAUAGCUAUACUUCCAAUUUAUAAAUUUCAUAUUGCAAUGUAUUCUUAUAUUCUUGUAACAGUUUUUGCUAUAAGUUCGUAUUGGUAUUAUACGAAACUGCAGAGGUAAAAAAUUUAUUUAUCAAUACUUUCUGUAUUAAUUGACUCCGUGUAAAAAAUUAUAUCUGCGAAUUGAUAAGACAUGAAUCAAUUAAAAUUUUUUUAACUAUUA